UGUUGGAAGGCAGUUUGACUUUGUGGUUAGUGGUUACCAGGUUUCUGUGGCUUCUAAUGUUCUCGAGAGAAACUAAUAAUAGAAAAUAACAAAAGACGAAGUGCACUGAAUUUAAAGGGUAUAUGUCAGUGAUUCAAUUAAGUUAAUAUUGAUUUUAUUAUAGGAAUAAAAAUGUGGAUAUUUGGUGUUAAGGGACCAUCUGGGUUCUCUGCUCGUUCUACAGCUGAGGAGGUUACUCGUGGAAUUGAUGGAACUGGUCUCACUGCAAUUGUUACAGGAGCAUCAAGUGGUAUUGGAGCAGAAACAACGCGUGUUCUUGCACUGCGCGGUGUUCAUGUCACUAUGGCUGUGAGGAACAUGGCUGCAGGAAAGAGUGUGAAAGAAGAAAUCAUCAACAAAAACCCCGCCGCCAAAAUUGAUGUCCAGGAACUAGAUUUAAGCUCAAUGGCAUCAGUUCGAAAAUUCGCCUCAGAUUAUAGGUCAUCCGGUCUUAGUCUGAAUCUCCUCAUUAACAAUGCAGGAGUGAUGGGUACUCCAUUCACUCUUUCCCAAGAUAAAAUUGAACUUCAGUUUGCUACAAAUCAUUUAGGUCAUUUUCUUCUGACAAACCUUUUAUUGGAGACAAUGAAAAAAACAUCAAAAGAAAGCAACAAGGAGGGGAGAAUUGUGAUUGUAUCAUCAGAGGCUCAUCGUCUUUCUUCUAAAGGGAUUCGUUUUGACAAGAUUAAUGACAAAAAAAAGUACAAGAACUUCUCUGCUUAUGGACAAUCAAAGCUUGCCAAUAUAUUGCAUGCCAAUGAGCUUGCAAGAAAUUUAAAGGCAGAAGGAGUGAGCAUAACUGCAAAUUCAGUUCAUCCAGGUGCAGUAGCUACCAACAUUCUUCGCAACUCGGGUUUAGUAUUCGACACUAUCAGAGUCCUUGGAAAAUAUGUAAUACAACACAUGAUCAAAACUCCUCAACAGGGAGCAGCAACUCAAUGCUAUGUGGCUUUGCAUCCACAGCUUAAGGGUGUAACAGGUGAGUAUUUCUUGGACAGUAACAAAGCCAAACCAAGCUCUAUGGCUAAGAACAAGGACUUGGCCAAAAAGUUAUGGGAUUUUGGCUUGAGCUUGACUCAACCCAAGUAGUUGGACCCAAUCCUAUAUUAGUUCCAAUUCACUGAAAAAUCUUCACAUAUAUAUAUAUAUAAAUUAUUUUGUGUCAUUGUGGAAGUGUUGAGGGUUCAAGUCUCCUUAAUGUAUCACAAAAUAUAUAUUAAGAUCUGUAUCAAAAUUUAUGUAUAUAUAUAAGUUAAAAGAAAUUAAGGAAAGAAAUAUUGUUCCUUACAUCAUUAUGGGAACUUUAGUUUUCCUUCUUGAGUUAAAUUUAUUCUGUCGAAUUAUUUUUA